GCUGUUUUGAAUUCAAAUUUCCCUGUGUUUCAUGUACUCUCAUAUCGCUGUGUGGCUUGUCGUGAGUUGGAGAGUUCUUUCAAACCCCAGAGCACUCAGUGGUAAGGUAACCUCUCAAAUACAUUUAUUUCACGUGUAAGAAGUCAUUGUCAUCCUCGCCCAGGAGAACAUCUACAUGAAAACCAAGAAGGUCUCUAGCUCCCUGAUAGCUACCCCAGCCUUGCUCAGGGCCCCAGUCUCAGGCCAUCAAGGUCCAAUUCCUCUUCGUUCAAACGGGCAGCUUCUGGAGACCACUGCCUUGCAAUGCCCACUUAAUUUAUGCAAAGUAGACUUAACAUGUAACAGUUCCCUGAAGUGAAGAUUUUACUUAACACUUUAAUCGGUGAAGCCGCUAUCCAUGUAUCUUUAUUGACAGAUGUUUCACAAAUUUGCAUAAUUUAAAAUGCCUCCCAGGCCUAUCAACUGAUGCCUCAGAAAGGUGUGUCGGAAAGAUAACAGAGUCCCAGCUGGGGCCACAGACUGCACUCCAGUUGUCUUUGGUGGUUUUCUGGUACUGACUUUUGAGAGCCAGCUCAUGAUCUCAGGAUGUAUGAAAAAACAAUAAUACUAACUGUAUUCCUACUCUCAGGCUAUAGUUCCUCUCAACUAACUACUGAAAGUGUCUCAAUGACUCACGAAUCACCAGUAAGGGCCACGACUGUUCAAUCACCACAUGUGGUUACCACACAGGCCUUACCAUUCAGCAUUCCUGGAGACGGACUACUUGAACACAUUUUUUCUGCGGGAGAGAUAACAGGGAUUGUUUACGCAGUAAUGGCUGGUAUCAUCGGAACUAUCCUCUCAAUUGCCUUCUGUAUUAAACGACUAACAAAGAAAACUCCAUCUCCCGUGCAAACUGCACAACCAGAGGACGCAGAUCCUGAAAGUUCUGUAGAAACAAGAAAUCCAGAACAGUAAUUCAUGAGAAUCUCCUCAUCAAGCCAGAUUUUGGAAGAAGUCAAAGACACGAGACUUCAGUCAAGUGAAAAAUGAAUGUGUGAAUUACACACUCCAAUAUAGCGUAUACCUUCCUAAGCUGUACGUACUUCAGGAUGAAAAUUUCAUUGUAAUGAGUCCAGUGACUCAGUGAUGGAAAAUGUCUGUAUUCAUUAGGUGUCUAUUUCAAAAUGUAGAACAAAUAUUUUCUUUCAUGCUUGCUUUUGUGUGUUAGCAUUAUUUUUAUAAUUAAUUGAUUUGGAAUUCUGAUCCCCAAACUUUGGUUGGCUUCAUCCGCAGUUAUUUACAAGUGAUUUAUUCUAUUUUAUUAUACUUUAAUGAUCGUGCUGUCGAAUGAAAGGCUUGUCACAUCUAGAUGAAACCUAAGUUCUCAUUCCAAACUUCUGCAUCUUGUCAUUGUUUUACAUAUAUUAAGGGACCUGAAAUCCUAAUAUUUCCCUCAUUGCAAGAUAGGGGAUUACACUGAUGAUGAUGAUGAUGAUGAUGAUGAUGAUAUUUUAGUCACAUGAGUAAACCUUGUGUUUGGAGAUGCCUUCCAUACGCACAUGCAUAAAAACAUGUGUUAUAUGUAACGUAGAUAUAGAUGUAUAAAAUGACAUUCACAUUCCUUCUCUCAUACAUAAAACAACACAAAAAGUUUCUCCCAUGUUAAAAGGAAGCUGCAUGUGUGUAAAUGACCUAUUUAAAAGAGUUUGUCUGACAGUCGAGCGUUAACUCUUUCAGGGCACUGACAGAUGCGUUGUGUUCCACUGGAAGAGUUAUUUAUGUAAGAGGUCACAGUGUCCUGACAAAGAAAGGAAUUAAUGACUUUACCUUGCAGAGUUAAUAACCCUAUAUUCGGUAAGAUGUGCCAAUUUGACAAGCAGGUGAAUAUUUUAAUAAUUUGUACUGUGUUCUCAAUUGAAUUCUUUAAUCCAUCCAGUCCUACAUUCUCUUCUUAAUAAAGCUUUCAAAAUUAGCUUAAAUAAUCCAAAGGAAAUUUCUAGACAUGAGACUAAGGCUUUGUAACUACACAGGUCUCACUCAUUUAUAGUAAAAUUUAAAAAGCAAUAUAA